AUGGGCUCUUCCGGGUACGAAUCUGAAAAUGCUGGUUGAACUGUACACCCACGACUACAAGACGGGUGUAUAUAGUGUCCUCUCAGACGCAUGCGAUAAAGGAUGACAUUAACCCCACAGAAAGGGCAGCUGGGUCGUCCACCCGUAUGAGUGAAAUUCCCUAUCUUGACACAACGUCUCUGUCUUCACCCCCCUACGCCAUUUAGAAUGGAACAGUCCUGAAGGGGGUAGAACGUUGGGUCUUGCGGUGACGGCAUCUCCUGGUCGACAGAAGUCUACAAAGCAGUGACACGAUCUAUACGCACGCUCGUGGAAAUGGAUGAUCGGAUGAUAAGUAAAGAUGUACCCGACAUUGAGAAUCUUUUAUCUCUCAACCCAGUGGUUCGAACUCAUGCCAAGCUAGUUCCAAAUGUAGUGACCCAGUCUGCUAAGAAACAAUGGAAACGAAACAAAGACAAAUCUUGUUCAUCAUGUAGGUCUCUUCUGAAGAACUUUGAUGACAUUAAACACACAACUCUCAGUGAACGGGGUGCAUUGAGGGAGGCAGCACGUUGCUUGAAGUGUGCCGAUGCACCAUGUCAGAAGAGCUGCCCAACCCAGCUGGACAUAAAAUUUUUCAUUGGUUGCAUUGCCUCAAAGAACUACUAUGGGGCUGCUAAAGCCAUUUUCUCAGACAACCCUCUUGGUCUUACUUGUGGCAUGGUCUGUCCAACAUCUGAUCUCUGUGUUGGAGGUUGUAAUCUUUAUGCUUCAGAGGAAGGGCCAAUUAACAUUGGUGGUCUACAGCAGUUUGCUACAGAGGUGUUUAAGAGCAUGAAAGUCCCCCAAGUUCGAGAUCCCAGCUUACCUCCUGUUGAUGAACUGCCUGCUACCUACAAAUCAAAGAUUGCACUUAUAGGCUGUGGACCUGCCAGCAUUAGCUGUGCAACAUUCCUUGCCAGGCUGGGCUACUCAGACAUCACUAUUUUUGAAAAGAAACAGUACUGUGGUGGGCUUAGAAAUCCCCAAUAUCGACUUCCCUUUGGUGUGGUUGAUUUUGAAAUACAGCUUGCAAAAGAUUUGGGAGUAAAGAUUGAAACUAAAAGAUCACUUGGAGAGGACAUAACUCUGGAGUCCUUAAAGGAACAGGGUUACCAGGCAGUCUUUCUUGGUAUAGGAUUACCAGAUCCUACAAAAAUACCUAUCUUUAAAGACCUUACUUCAGACAUGGGCUUUUACACUUCCAAAGACUUUCUUCCUCUUGUAGCCCAGGCCUCCAAAGCAGGGAUGUGUACAUGCAAGUCCCAGCUGCCACGGCUCUAUGGCAAUGUGGUGGUCCUUGGAGCUGGUGACACAGCUUUUGACUGUGCUACAUCAGCUCUGAGAUGUGGAGCUAAGAAAGUAUUUGUUGUUUUUCGCAAAGGUUUUACCAACAUACGUGCUGUUCCAGAAGAGAUGGAGCUUGCCAAGGUUGAGAUGUGUGAGUUUCUACCCUUUAUGUCUCCUAAAAAAGUUUCUUUAAAGAAUGGCCGAAUCGCACUAAUGGAGUUUGUGCGAACUGAACAAGAUGCAGAAGGCAAUUGGAUUGAAGAUGAGGAUCAGGUUCUGAAACAAAAAGUGGAUUUUAUCAUUUCUGCUUUUGGAUCCUGCCUUGAUGAUGAAUCUGUGCUAAAAGCUUUGAAACCUCUCAAAUUGAAUCACUGGGGACUGCCAGCACUUGAUGAAACAACGCUGCAGAGUAGUGAACCAUGGGUAUUCUGUGGUGGAGACUUAGGUGGUAUGGCUCACACAACUGUGGAAUCUGUCAAUGAUGGCAAGGUAGCAGCCUGGGGCAUCCAUCGUUACUUACAGGGUCUCGGAGGACAGACCAUUCCUUCUGAGCCAAGUUUGCCCAACUUCUUCACACCAAUAGACAGUGUGGAUAUCAGUGUAAACAUUGGAUCUCUUCAUUUCCCCAACCCAUUUGGACUUGCAAGUGCGACUCCUUCAACCUCCAGCUGCAUGAUUCGCAGAGCCUUUAAAGCUGGUUGGGGAUUUGCAUUGACCAAAACAUUCUCUCUGGACAAGGACAUUGUCACCAAUGUCUCACCUCGUAUUGUGCGUGGCACAACAAGCGGACAUGUGUAUGGCCCUGGACAAGGGUCAUUUCUUAACAUUGAGCUCAUCAGUGAGAAAACAGCAGCUUACUGGUGCAAGUCAAUCAAGGAAUUAACUACUGACUUCCCAAACCAGCCAUUGAUAGCCAGCAUCAUGUGUGGUUACAAUAAAGAUGACUGGACAGAGCUAGCUCAGAUGGCUGAGCGUGCUGGUGCACAUGCACUUGAACUGAAUUUAUCUUGUCCACAUGGAAUGGGGGAGCGUGGAAUGGGACUGGCAUGUGGACAGAAUCCAGAACUAGUGUCCAACAUUUGUCAGUGGGUGCGAAAAGCAGUAAAAAUUCCAUUCUUUGCUAAAUUGACUCCAAAUGUUACUGAUAUUGUUGAAAUUGCAAGGGCUGCAAAAGAAGGUAAUGCAGAUGGUGUGACAGCCACCAACACAGUCUCGGGCCUGAUGGGAAUAAGAACAGAUGGGUCAGCUUGGCCUUGUGUUGGACGAGAAAAACGCACCACUUAUGGUGGAGUGUCAGGUAAUGCUAUCCGCCCAAUUGCUCUUCGUGAUGUAUCCGCCAUUGGCAAUGCUCUUCCAGGCUUCCCUAUCCUUGCUACAGGAGGAAUCGACUCUGCUGAUGUGGGGAUGCAGUAUUUCUAUGCAGGGGCUUCUGUUCUGCAGGUUUGCAGUGCCAUCCAGAACCAGGAUUUCACAAUCAUUCAAGACUAUAUUACUGGCCUUAAGACUCUCCUAUACCUGCAAAGUCUGGAAGGGAUGGAAAACUGGGAGGGACAGAGUCCACCUGUACCUGUGCAUCAAGGAGGCAAACCUGUUCUUAGGGUGGCUGACAUCAUUGGCCAGCACCUGCCAUCCUUUGGACCAUACUUGAAGAGGAGAGAAGAGAUUAUUGCAGAUGUGAAAGAAAAGACAGACUUGCUGGACGGGCCUGUAGAGAACAAUCGACCAGCAAGGGCAGUCACAAGGAAAGUACCUAGAAUAAAGGAUGUAAUUGGCAGAGCAUUACCAAUGAUCACUUCAUAUGGAAAGCUGGACAACUCUCAGCAAGUGGUUGCGCUGAUUGAGGAGGAUAUGUGCAUCAACUGUGGGAAGUGUUACAUGACCUGCAAUGAUUCAGGCUACCAGGCCAUUACAUUUGAUCCUGAAACACACCUCCCACAUGUGACAGAUGAGUGUACAGGCUGCACUUUGUGUCUCUCGGUGUGUCCAAUACCUCAGUGUAUUACCAUGGUUAAAAGAAAAACUCCAUACUCUCCAAAGCGUGGCAUACCUCUUUUAGCUGUUCCCACACCAAACUUCGUGCUGCAUACUAACUGACGAGCAGGAAAGCGAUAUUUCUGUUGGCUCAAUCUGUGCAGCAUUCUGUCUAGUCCAUUUUUAGUACUAUUCAGAAUACUUAGUAAUUACUCUGAUUUUCUCAUUUGUUGAAUUUUAACAAUGAAAUCAUGAUUUUAAUACUUAUGUGCAUUUCUGCACACAUAUCUGUUACAGUUUGUGUGUCACAUCAAGGUGCCUAUUCCAAGAUUGAUAGGAACUGGCUUCUGUUAGCCAUAAUACACAGAGAUAAUUUUGUGUAUGCUGCCAAUAGAGUAAGAAAAUUGUGGAUCAUUAUUAGAAAAAAAAGCGUAACUGUGGAAAUGAGUUGGUGUGUAUAAGAUGGCAUGCAUGUUCAUAAAACAUAUAUUCCAAAUUGUUCAUAUACAUGCAUUUUUGUAUGCCUUGCAUGAUUUAAAUUUUAUUUUAUUUGUAAUGUUAUGAAUUUAUCAUAACAAUAUAUGCCUUGUUAUGCCAAAAAGCAUCUGUAAUCCCACUUAUGGUUUUAAAGCAAUAUGUAAUACACUUAAAUCCUGCCUUUUCUAGGAACAUUGCUUUACUGUUAGACACAGGAUAAGCAUCGUGACAAAGAACAUUUUAAGAGCACUGCCUGUAACCUACUUCUGAUAAUUUUCCUUCAGUUUAAACAUUUUCAUAAACAUACCAUGUUGAAAAAAUAGGUCUUGUAAAACAUGUUAAAUGUAACAAACAAACAAAUAAUGAUAGAGUUUAUAGUUGAGCUUUUUGCAAGAAUUACUUUUCCCCCAUUUUUAGUGUAUUCUCAAAGAAUGCAGCAAAUGUACUACUCAUAUGAAGAUGAACAUUAACAGAAUUUAUAGGAAUGCAGUUCAAGAUACAAUUGUACUUCAAAAUUAUUUAGUUAAUGACUCACUUUCCAAGCAGUUCUUAAGAAACAAAAAGUACAAAGAAGUAAUUUGGAUACUUGAGUCUUAUCAGUGCUGAAGCAUUCUUCCUUUAUAAUCUAUUUAUCAGUGUUUGAUAACAGAUACUGGUAAUACACCUUUUUACAUGUUUUAUAACAUCCUGUAUGUGUCAGUAGAAUUUGUCUCGAUCUCAUCAUUAGAAAUAAUAUGCUGCUGAAUUACAAAAAAGAGAAAUAAAUCGGUUAUUUUUGUUGGAAUUUCUUUCUCGUACAGAGAAUGCUCACCCUCCAAUUAUCCUGCUUUAUUGAAUCCCGAGAAGUUACUCUUAAACUUUGUUUAAAAUAAAAGUUCAACUAAAAAUUA